GACGUUGACAACAAGCCUUGACUAAGCGUGGCUCCAUGUGGAUUAUUGCCAGAAAGUUGUCAAUGGGAGCUGCUGCAGUUGUUUGAUUGAAACGUUAGCUUCAUAUCAGGCGUCUUACAGGCUGUUUGAAUGACAGCGAGCAGGGCGGACUCGGUUCCUCUUUGCUUCUGGCUUAAUUGCCAGUCUUGUACGGCUCUUUCUGCUCAGUACAUGGCGACAUUUAUGAGCGUGAUUCAACUUAUUGCCAAUGAGCGCAAGUCGCAGCUUGUGUGAAGUCCAUCAUCAUUAUCCUCAUCAUCAUCAUCAGCAGCAGCAGCAGCUGAAGAAGAAGUAGAAGUAGAAGAAGUCCUUUUAAGGGAUUUGGAUUAUCGUUGCGCGGAGGAGAGCGAUACUUUUUCUUUCUUUUUCCUGUUGGUUAAGUUUUAUAUCUCACCAGUGAAGUUAUGACUUCGGUAUGGAAAAGAUUACAGCGCGUUGGUAAAAAGGCUUCAAAGUUUCAGUUUGUCGCCUCUUACCAGGAACUCGUGUUGGAGUGUACAAAGAAAUGGCAACCCGACAAGCUGAGGGUGGUGUGGACCAGGAGGAACAGACGCAUGUGCUCCAAGCUCCACAGUUGGCAGCCUGGAAUCAAAAACCCCUACAGGGGCAUGGUGGUGUGGCCUGUCCCAGAGAACAUCGACAUCUCUGUUACACUCUUCAAGGAGGUCAAUGCUGACGAGUUUGAGGACAAAGAGUGGACCUUUGUAAUUGAGGGUGAGAACAAGGGACAUCGAAAGGUGCUGGCAUCAGCAGACAUCAACCUGAAGCGGUUUGCCAGUCCGACGCCGACCCAGACCGACCUGACGCUGAAGCUGAAGCCGCUGUCUGUGAAAGUGGUGGAGGCCACGCUCAAGCUAUCGCUGUCAUGUGUCUUCGUUCGGGAGGGUAAAGCCACUGAUGAAGACAUGCAGAGUCUGGCCAGCCUGAUGAGCGUCAAACCCACAGAUAUCGGCAACAUGGACGACUUCAAUGAGAGCGAUGAAGACGAGGACAAGAAGUCAGUCACUGCUACAGUUCCUGUUUCAAACCAACGUCGCCCCCCGGAGGAUCAAACUGCAGAUGAUCUUACUUCAGUCUCUGGCCAUGCUCACAUUUUCAGACCUCACCUUGUCAAAUCAAUCGCCCGCCCCUCUUCUCCAUCUCCCUUCUCCACUGAUGCACCUCCUCUAGAUUCAACUUCUCUCCCCAAAACAUACCCCAGUAUCUUAGAGUCAGGCUCAAUCUUCCCCCUCACUGAAGUGGACGAGGAAACAACUCCGAGUCCUCUGAGCCGAGACAAGGGUCCUCCUCAAAAUAAUCGGGCAGUGGCCAACAUCAGAGUAUCCAACCAGCCGAUCAGACCAGCCCAGGAUUCAAAGGCGGCGAUCACAGAAAACAAAGCAAAGAUCAGUCCUGCCCUGCCAAGUUCAGAGCUGAUAAUAGCCCCGCCCCCUCCAUGGCCCUUCUCCUGCUGUGAGAGCUCCACCCCUCAGCAGCCCUCCACAAAUGUUGUGGCAGCAUUUAUCACUCCUAAACAGCCAAUUGCUCAGGGGGGAACUGAUUUGAAAACACCAACUAAUGAGAUGGCUGUUAUUAACGCCUUUAAGGCCGAAAAGCCGCCACUGGCAAAGCCUGAGCCAGAGCCUGACUUUGACGACAUCAUCUUUGAGUCAUUUGAGUCACAGCGACAACAAUCAGGGGGCUUGUUUCUGGAGGAGGAUGACUCUAAGCGAGAUACUAUCAAAAGGUGUCCUCCAGGUCUGCAAAAAAACAAUGAAAAGGUGGGUGGAGAAAAGCCAUCACUGACGGAGCAGUUAGAGGGAGCAGCCAUGAAAAAGGAGGUGAUGAUCAAGGCAGAGCAAGAGAAGCAGAGGGAGAAAAAACAAGAAGAGGAAAGGAGGAGGAAAGAGGAAGAGCAAAGAGUAAUGCUCCAGAAGCAGGAACAGAGCAGGAAAUAUGAGGAAGAGAAGAAAAGACUGUUAGAGAAGGAGAAAAAGAGGCUCUUACAGGAGGAGGAGGAGGUCAAGAAGGAGAAGGAGAGGAAGAAAUUUGAGGCGGAGAUACUCCUGAAGGAGAGACGAGACAAACAGGAGAAGCUGAGAGAAGAGGAGGAGAAGAGGAAGCAGAAAGAAGAGGAGAGAAGGAAAAUAGAGCAGCAGAGGAGACUGCUGGAGGUGGAGGAGGAAAAGGAAACAUUUAGGAGGGAGGAAGAGAAGAGACUUGAGAGAGAGAGAUUCUUGAGGAAAAUGAAAGAGGAGGAGGAAAAAAGGAUUGAGGAGGGGAGAGUGUUUGAGGAGCAAAGGAGAAGGAGGGAGGAGGAGAAAAAGAGACUCCUGGAAGUUGAAGAGCAGAAGAAGAUGGAGGUUAAACGCUUAAAGGAGGAAAAAGAGAUGGAGCAACAGAAAAUUAAAGAGGAGGAAGAGAGAAGGAUGAAGAGGGAGGAGGAGCAGGGAAGGAAUGAGGACGAGAGAAAGAACAGGGAGGAGGAAGUGGAGAAGAAGAGAAGGGAGGAGGAGGAGAAGAAGAGGGUAAAAGAAGCAGAGGAGAGGAGAAAAAGGGAAGAAAAAGAGAGGGAGGAGGAAAGGAGGAGGGAGGAGGAGGAGAAGAAGAGGGUAAAAGAAGCAGAGGAGAGGAGAAAGGUGGAAGAAAGAGAGAGGGAGGAGGAAAUGAGGAGAGAUGAGAAAGAGAAUGAGAGACUCUUAAAGAAGGAGAAGGAAAGGAUGGAGAGGUGGAAAAAAGCAGAGGAGAAAAAGCGUCAAGAGGAGGAGGAGAGGAGGAAAGAGAUACUGUUGAAGGAGCAGAAAGAAAAGGAGAGACGUUUACAAGAGGAGCAAAUAAGGCAGGAGGCAGAGAAGAAGAAAAAGGAGGAGGAAAAGAGAAAGAUGGAUGAGGAGGAGAAGAGACAAUUAGAGGAGAAAGCAGAAUGGAAAAUGAAGGAGGAAGAGGACAGGAAAAAGAAAGAGGAUGAACAGAAGAAGAAGCUUCUGCAAGAGAAAGAAGAGAUGGAAAGACGAAAGAAAGAGGAGGAGAACAAGAGGAGCAAGGAGGAUCGAGCUGCUCCUACCUGCAUUCUGGAGGCCAACAAGUCAGAUGAGGAUAAGCAAAAGAUGAAAACUCUAGUUUCUCCUUCUUCUUUGCCGGUUGCUCAGCUAAACACACACACCAACACCCCUCCUCCCAUUUUCACACACUCGCCCACGGCUCUUAAAGAUGUAACACAAACUCCACUUCCUGCUCCCCGACUCCCUCCUCCGGACAAAACCAGCAGUGCAUCCGAGCAGCUGCCUUCACAAAUUCUCAACCAAUCCCAAAACAGAAAGACGACCCUUCAAUCAGUUGAUAUAUCAAGCUCUGCCACCAAUGAGCGCUCACAAAGAGAAGAUGCUGCUGAGGCGGACACCCCUGUCAGACAAGAGCACCAACAAAUACCAGCAAAAGACUCAGACACACAUCACAUAUUCCCCUCUCCUGCUGAACCCAGCGCACCACCAGUCAAAGAGGAGCCCAAAGAGCCAGAGGGACCCAGCGUUGAACCAGAAACCUCACCAGAGGUUUCCCCAAAACCAACUGUUGAGAGAACGGCUUUGGCGCUGGAGCCGCUGCUUCCCUCAAAACCAGAACCAGGACUGCGGCCGGAACAAGUCCUCCAGCCAUCAGGGAAACCACAACAGGAGGGAGCAGAUGAGGAGAACCCAGCCGAGGUCGUGACUGGUGGUCAGGAGAGUUUCACCAACAACGAGGAGCCAGUGUGCGAGGCAGAAAAGCAGCUUUGGGCAACUGUAGAAGAGACCACACCGGAGACAGGGUCGGACAGACAGCUGGAAAGUAGUGAGAGCACUGAAGAAAAGGAUGAGGAGCAAGAGGACGGUGGUGUAACAGGGGGCCAGGGCCACCCAUCCCCUGCUGUCACCCAGAUGCCCCCCUUACUCUCUUCCAGUGGACAAAGCUUUUACAACAGCUCUGCUGCCAGUCACCCAAAUAAACCUGAACAAUCUGUAACCAGUCUAGCAGACCAACCUCAUCGCAAACCUCUUUCGGGGUCUAAUCAAGAGGAAGGAAACAGUCAGGAAACUAGAGCCAAAUCUGCUCCCCAAAGUAGUGGUGCACAAAAACAGCCAACGAAAGGACAGAGAGAUGAUGAUGUCACAAAAUCUGGACACAGCCUGGAGGUAGCAGCCAUUGAGGAGGGAGAACAUGUUCAAUCGUCUGUGGUGCCUUGGCCACUUCCUCUGAGCACAAACACUGGCAGCAUGCUCUCACACACCGCGAUGCACACAGGAACAAACGUCAGUAAGAUCAACGAGGACACAAACAUGGACAAAAUAGCUACAGAGGCACACAAGGGUCUUGAAAUGAGGGAUGAUAAAGAAACCGAGGACACACACACCAGAAAGAGUGGAAGUCCACAAAUUACCAGCUCCCACACACAAGCACACACCCCUGAUCUCCACCAACAAACCAAAGACCAACAGCUCCAAGAGGAGGAGAGGCUGCUGUUGGCUAAAAUCAAGCUGAUGACAGGUGACUCGUCCCCUGUCUCCGGCCCUCGCAGUAUGAAGCUCCUCAUCCCCGACCCCUGUGAUAUUGACUGUGACACCACGGGGCUUGUUGAUCACAGUCAGUACUGCUGUGAUAACCUGCAGGAAAUAUCACUAACUGAGGCAGAGGACACACCGGCCAAUGAGCUGGAGCAAUAUCAAGAAGGAGAGGAGGAUGUGCUUAAAGGCCAAUGUGCUGACCUCCCUGAUGGUGGAGAGAAGAAACCGCCAUCACAGAACAACACCAGUGAUAAGCGCACUGACACACACAUCGCUCCUCCCCAUCACUGUGAGAUAACCGCAUCUCGGCUUCCUACGUUACCAGAAGAAGAAACCUCUGACCUCAAGUCCCCUCAGACUGCUCCAAUGGUCCGAGAGGAGGCUGACGGGAAAGACGAUGCAGCUGAGGGCCUGGUGACCUCAAGCCAGUCGCUGCUCCAGUGGUGUCAGGACAUCACCAACGGGUACCGGGGGGUAAAGGUCACCAACUUCAGCACUUCCUGGAGGAACGGUCUGGCCUUCUGUGCCAUCCUACAUAAUUUCCAUCCAGACAAAAUAGAUUUUGACAAGUUGGACUCUCAUGACAUCAAGAUCAACAACAAGAAGGCGUUUGACGGUUUCGAGGCGCUGGGCAUCUCUCGCCUGUUGGAGCCGUCCGACAUGGUUCUUCUGUCUGUCCCCGACAGACUCAUAGUCAUGACCUACCUCAGCCAGAUCCGCUCUCACUUCACCAACCAGGAGCUGAGCGUGCUGCAGAUAGAGCACAACAGCAGCCAGUCCAGCUACGGCCUCGCUCUCUCUGGUCCCGGACCCACUGAUGUGGAUGCUGCUGCUUUCUGCAUGGCCAGACUGAACGAAGGAGCGGGCUUAGAGGAAGGAAGGAGCAGCACUUUGGUCAUCCCACCACCGAGGACCAAACGACUGGUUAAAGUGGACGAGUCAAUAACCCCAAUCCCACCUCCAAGAUCGAUUACCAAAGCAGUCAAAUCUGGAAUGACUCAGGAUGAAGACACAAAGACAGGAAUCACUAAUAAUACAGAGUUACAGAGUACCGCUGAUACCCAGCCUCCCAAACCAGAAGAGGAAACAAUGUGUCUGCAGGACACCAGUCAGUAUGUGCGUAGCGAGCUGGCAGCCUUGGAUUCGGAGCAGAAGCACGUCGACAGCAGAGCCGCUGUGGUGGAGAGAAGACUGCGAAGCCUCAUGGAAACAGGAAGCGACCGUGAUGAAGAAGAAAGACUGAUCCAGGAGUGGUUCACUCUGGUGAACAAGAAGAACGCUUUAAUACGCAGACAGGACAAUCUGGAGCUACUACAAGAGGAGCAGGAUCUGGAGAGGAGGUUUGAGCUCCUGAACAGGGAACUUCGGGUCAUGAUGGCUAUAGAAGACUGGCAGAAGUCGUCCACGCAGCAGCAGAGGGAGCAGCUGCUCCUCCAAGAGCUGGUGUCUUUGGUCAAUCAGCGGGACGAGAUCAUCAGAGACAUCGACGCCAAGGAGAGAGUGGCAAUGGAGGAGGAUGAGCGUCUAGAGCGCGGUCUGGAGAUGAGGAGGCAAAAAUAUAGCAACAAAGACAAAUGUGUCCUACAGUGAGAUGAGAGGUCACACACAAACACACACAGCUUUUAUUAGCAAAAUAUGAAUUUUCAGGACUUUUGGGGCUCCAUAUUUAACUUUUGAGAGCCUCUAUUUUCCCAGAAAAUGUUUAAAACCCAUAAAGAGUAAAGACAAGAUAUGGGCUGCAAACUGUGUCUUCUAUGAAAGUGUUUUCUUUAAAAUGAAAACAUGUUUGUGUCAAAGUUUCCAUCUGUCUUAAGUAUUAUUUUGAUUCAGUUCACAUAUUCUUAUUUAUUUAAAUUAUGUGUCAGAUUGUGUACAUCUACUGCACAUGUGAGAAAAAACUCACACAUGAAUGUUUUGUGUGCAUUCAUGUGUGAGUUUGUUCAGUACUUGAACACUGGCUUUUCCUCUUUUUUUUAUUUUAUAAAGAUAAAUUACCCUUCUUGACACGACUAGAGCUUGUCAGAAUCUACUGGAUUAUAACCAAAAUGUGCCUUUUCCUUUUGUAACAUGCCAAAAAAUAUCAGAUAUAAAAAAUAAAACGUGAUAAGUCAUGAGCUGGACUCAUUCUCACAAUAUUGAGAGUACAGGGUACAUAUUUUAAACUAAAGGAUGAUCCCCAACAUGAUAUUUUUAUCAACCCUAAAAGCAUUUCCACUUGUUGCAAUAUUGAUUAUUUUCUUUUUUUAAAUGUUGAAAGUGUUCUUCAUAUUAAGGAGUUAUUCAACCUUGUAUGCACACAGACCCUGAAUGCCAUAAAUAACGUGUGUAUGGUUGUGAUGUUCAUGCCUGCUUGAAUUACAGAAAUGAACAUAUUUCUUCACUUCUGUGUCCUUGUACUACUGUAUGCAUGCUGUUUGAGGUGCACUGAUAAAGUGGUUCUCUGCUUCACAUUACUACUGUAUACCUGCCACACACUGUAUGCCUGAUGCUGUCUAUAUUUAUGAGUUGAAGAUAUGAUGAAUGAUAUUGAUAAAUACGUGAAGAAACAUAA